UCGUCAUCACUUUGUAUGGCUGGUGUUCACGCAGGCGUUGUGUCAAAUACUCUGGGUGGCCAAAUUAAUGUUGUCAUCAGCAAGGGCAUUCCGUACUAUGAAGGCUCCCUGGCAAACAACGUCACCUCAAAAGUGGGACCAUUAUCUACAAGUCUCUUCACAUUUAAGACGAGCGGUUGCUAUGGGACACUGGGGAUGGAAUCUGGAGUAAUCUCUGAUUCCCAGAUCACGGCAUCAUCUAUUCUUGAGUGGUCUGACCAAACAGGACAAGUGAACAUUUGGAAACCUGAAAAUGCCAGACUGAAAAGGGGUGGUCCUCCUUGGGCUGCUUUUAUCAGCGAUGAACAUCAGUGGUUGCAGAUUGACUUGAAUAAAGAAAAGAGAAUAACAGGUAUUAUAACUACUGGAUCAACCCUUGCAGAGUACUACUAUUAUGUCUCAGCCUACAGAAUUUUAUACAGUGAUGAUGCACAGAAAUGGACAGUAUACAGAGAACCCGGCGUGGAUAAAGAUAAGAUAUUUCAAGGGAACACUGAAUUGUACCAGGAAGUUCGCAAUAAUUUCAUUCCGCCUAUUAUUGCACGCUUUUUUAGGAUUAACCCCUUAAAAUGGCACCAGAAAAUUGCAAUGAAAGUGGAAUUGCUAGGAUGUCAGUUUAGUAUAGGCCGUGCUCCUAAAAUCACCAUGCCACCACCACCUCAGAACAAGAAUGAUGACAAGAACAAUGACCUCAGUGAUGAUUCCCUUCAUUCAGUGAAGACUUCAUUGCAGACAGAUAAAACAACUUUCACACCUGAAAUAAAAAACACCACAGUGACUCCAAGUGUAACCAAAGAUGUUGCGCUGGCAGCAGUUCUGGUUCCAGUGCUGGUGAUGGUCUUCACUACUCUGAUUCUUAUCUUAGUUUGUGCCUGGCAUUGGAGAAACCGCAAGAAAAAAACUGAGGGCACAUAUGAUCUCCCUUACUGGGAUCGUGCAGGGUGGUGGAAAGGAAUGAAGCAGUUUCUCCCAACCAAAUCAGCAGAACAUGAAGAAACUCCCGUACGCUACAGCAGCAGUGAAAUUAGUCACCUAAGACCAAGAGAAGUCCCAACAAUGCUGCAGACAGAGUCUGCAGAGUAUGCUCAGCCACUGGUAGGGGGAAUUGUCGGCACACUCCAUCAGAGAUCAACUUUUAAACCAGAGGAAGGAAAAGAAGCAAGUUAUGCUGAUUUGGACCCUUACAAUUCACCCAUACAAGAAGUUUACCAUGCUUAUGCUGAACCACUACCUAUAACUGGACCAGAAUAUGCCACUCCAAUAAUCAUGGACAUGUCCAGCCAUCCCAGCACACCUCUUGGCGUUCCUUCCAUUUCCACCUUCAAAGCUGCAGGGAAUCAAGCUCCUCCACUGGUUGGAACUUACAAUAAACUCUUAUCUAGGACAGACAGCACAUCAUCAGCACAGGCGCUGUACGAUACACCAAAGGGGCAGCCAGGGCCAGGUGCUGCUGAUGAAAUGGUGUACCAGGUACCACAGAGCGUGGCCCAUUCCACUGGGAGUAAGGAUGAACUGAGUUAGCUCACGAGUACGGUAGAAUGGAAUGAUGGCUUGUUUUUAAAAGCCAGUUCCAUAAAGCUGACGGUUUCUUUUUUCACUUGCAUUGUUUGAUAUUGUUAGUCUUAAAUAAUACAACGUCGAACCAAAAGAUGUGGUAUUGGAGGUCUGGGAAACCAGUAAUUCCGCCUUCCCUUAAGCUGUAUAUAUAAUGACAGCUUGUCUCCUGCAAAACCGUGGACAUUUUUGUUACUGCUGUAUGAUUGUCUGUCAGACACGAGACAAGAACUCUUCAAGAUUAGCUUCAGUAAUUCAUAGAUGUGAAUAACAAACCGGGAGAAACGGUUUAAAGUACGAAAGCCAAUAACUUCUUGCUAAUGGUACUAUUUCUGGGGAA